AAAUAUUUUCCACGCCGGCGCCGGAGCAGCCAACAAGCACCUGCCGCCGUGGCGACCUCUGCUCGCACCGGUCUAUCUUCCAAUGACCCAAUCUCACCCUCCUACCCGCGUGCACCGGUUAACCGGAGUACCAGCACAUCGCCUCGCCGCCGCGCCCAAUCCAACCGCGUGUCCGUCCGCCCGUAUCAAGCUCGCCCAAAUCUUUUCACGGCUCGACUCCUCCCAUCCAUGUUCGCCUGUAGGUCUCUGCUCGCAAGGGCUAGUCGGCUUACUCGGCCUCUAAUUCCCUGCGCCGCCGGACCGCCGCUUCGUUACUUCCACCAGGGAUCAGUAGGUCAAAAUAAGUUGGCAUCAUUUGUGAUGGAAGGGGCACAAGGAGGAUCAGGUAAUCUGGCAAAACACAAGAAAAGAAAGUCUCCUGUGCAGAGAUGGAGGCCAAUCUCAACAGAAGCAGUUCCCCAGAAAGAUGCUGUUAAUGAGACAUCAAAUUCUGGAAGCAGACAAGUUGUAGAAGACCGCAUAACUUCUAGUGAUAAUCUGGUGUUGGAUGGAGCUACUAAUGUUGUUAUUGAAGUUACCACCAACGAUGCAUCAUUGUCAAAAAAUAAUUUAAGUUUGGAAUCCAGUUCAACUAAAGUAGUCAUAGAAGACAAUUUGGAGGUAUCAGGCUUUAAUAAAGAUCUUGAUGGGUCCAAUUUCUCUGAGACGUAUUCCUCCUCUAUUGAGGUAGAUGUUCCUUUGAUGCGCUUUGUGAAGGGAAAGGGUGGGUCUAUGCAGAAGAAGAUUGAAGAGGAUACUGGAGUGAAAAUUAUCUUCCCAUCAUCAAAGGACGAGACUUCUGUUGUCCUUGAAGGUACAAGUUCUGAAAGUAUUAGAAAAGCAACGCAGAUGAUUGCAAAUGUUCUUGAAGAGGCUGUCCAAAGUCGAAUGCUGGACUACUCCCAUUUCAUAUCACUUCCAUUGGCUAUCCACCCCGAUCUUGUUGACAAGCUCAACUACUUCCAGAGCUCAAUACUUGGGGCUUCUACUUGUAAUGAAGAAAGUGAUAAAGAUGAGAGCCGAAGUGAAGGUUCUAUUGAUGAAAUGUAUCAUGACCACAAGCAAGCAGAUGGCUCAAGUGUUUCCAUCAACCUUCAAGUUCAAGAAAAGUCUGUUGAAGUGAACAUUGAUAGCAAAGGCUCCGGAUCAGAUUUUGGCAUUGACAAGUCAAUAUUUAUCAAACCCAAAACAUUUCACCUUACUAUUGUUAUGUUGAAGUUGUGGAACAAGGAUCGUAUAGCUAAGGCUUCGGAUGUGCUCCAGUCAAUAUCUAGCCAAGUAAAUGAAGCUUUGGAAAACCGACCUAUCUCCAUACAGCUUAGAGGCCUGACAUGCAUGAAAGGCUCUCCAGCGAAGGCCCGGGUGGUAUAUGCUCCAGUGUUGGAAGUUGGUGGGGAAGGACGCCUAGCACGUGCUUGCAAAGUCAUAAUUGAUGCCUUUGUCAAGUCAGGCCUAGUCCUCGAAAGGGAUGCGAGACAAGAAUUGAAGUUGCACGCGACCAUAAUGAACGUGCGGCACAGAAAGAGCAAGAAACGGAACCGGUGGAACGAUUCUUUUGACGCCCGGGAUAUAUUCAGGAAAUACGGGAAAGAGGAGUGGGGCGAAUACCACAUUCCUGAGGUCCAUCUCUCUCAGAGGUUCAAUUUUGACGAAAGCGGGUACUACCAUUGCUGCUCGUCAAUCCCCUUGCCCGUAGAGAUGCAGGCAGAGUGAGGUCUGCGGUUCAGCCUGUUGUAAAAAUACACACUGAAGUGUUGGAAUCCCUGAUAAGGUCUUUUUUUUAAAAAAAAACCUUUGUUAUAAAGCAAUGACCAUGUAGGACCUUAGUUUUGGUGGAGUUACUGUUUUGAACCACUGAUUUCAGUGAUGUCCUGUCGCUGACGCUGGUUGUUGUUGUAUGAGCAUGGCAACGGUAGUGGGGGGUCCCUCCUACCUGUAGAGGGAGGUGGAUCUGUCAUCUGUUGGGUGUUUGUUGACAUUGUU